UUCCAUCGGCAUUAAAAUGGCAGGAUGAUACUUAUUAAAAUGAGACACAGCGACCUACUUUUUGGUGGCCUUUGAGUGGAACUGAAGGUAUGUUUGCUCGACUGUCGCGCCAGUCUGCCCAGUGGGUAGAGGUGUGCGUCGAACACGCAUUGUCUGGCGAUGACGAUAUCAUAUCGGUCGACGUAAAUAUGCUCACUUGUCUGGACUUGUCGUGGCGCGGGCUGUGUGGGCAAGCUAUCGAGCCUGUGUAUCGUGGUUUGAAAAGGGUUGUGGAGGAUGACUUGGACACAGUUAUUAGGCUGUUGUCAGGGCUAGAUCCCCUUGGUGAACGGCUAGAACAGACAGUUGAAAAUUUACAAGUGCCACCGCAACCACAGAGUGCAGUGCCAUGUCCUGAUGUUUCACUGUCAGAACGACCGAGAAGAAAGCGUCGGCGAUCUUCUGCUUUAGUUGAACUGCUUGUCAUCAAGCCCACCCACCCUUCUGCUCCGACGAUCAUUAUUUCCCCCUGUCUUUUUCAUCCCCGUGAAACUUCGUCUUGGGUGCCAUACCAGGAUGCAUCUUUUGGCGCACGUCUCACAGUGCCUACGUAUGUCCCAUUAAACAGCGCCUUUCCGCCCCUCGUAGCCCCAUCCAUCCUCGACAAACACGUCUGUGAUUGGAAUUAUGUCAACGGCCAUUGGUGUGCUAUUAUUCCUACACAGGAUGAACAGUGUAGGAGGGGGGUAUACUCCAGGAGCGUAGUUUCUAGGCGACGGCCUCCUUGUUUGACGGACGUUUGAAUUGUGUUGCGCCAUUUGACUUUACUGUCCUCCGUAGUUGCAUUCGCCGUCUUGGGUAGUUCAUAUCUGGGAUUCUCCUGCACUGUUAUCUGGUUCAUAUACGCCCAAUACCAAGUUGUUGAUAUCAAGCUUACCGUGUUGUGAUCGAUUGAUGUUGUACGGAAAUGAAUGGACACGUUUAUUUCACGUGGGA